AUGCAAACCCGGGGACCGCUCUCUUUCUAUCGGCAUCGAAGAGUAAAAGGACACGGUCGUGAUUCAUCGUAUCAUCACGCGGCUGUCGUUGAGGUCGGAGCCAUGGUGCUCCAGAAUAUGUUCAGCGCUCUUUCCUUUCUUCACUACCGAAAAGAUGACGAUUUCGUCGAUCGGCUGAGUUACUUCUAUACGUCCUCCUUUUUGAUAAUGAUGGCCGUGUUGGUCAGCUUUAAGCAGUUCGGCGGUCGUCCGUUGGAGUGCUGGGUGCCGGCUCAGUUCACCGCCUCGUGGGAGGCAUACACGGAAAUGUACUGCUGGGCACAGAACACUUAUUGGGUUCCCAUUGAACAGGACAUUCCGGUGGAUAUCAGCGAACGCGAGUAUCGACAAAUAUCAUAUUAUCAAUGGGUGCCGUUUUUUCUUUUGAUACAAGCUUUUUUGUAUUAUAUUCCUUGUUUAAUGUGGCGAUUGAUGAGCGAUAAAUCGGGAAUUCGUCUAAACGAUAUUGUGCAAAUGGCGACCGAAAAAGAGAAUAUCGAGCCGGACUAUCGGAUACGAACGAUCGAGUCACUCUCGAGACACAUCGAGUCGGCGCUGAGAUAUCAACACACAGCCACUUCUCGUACUCAAUACACGCUUCAUCGAGUUUUCAAAUGUUUCAAUAUGCGAUAUUAUGAGAGUUAUGUGACUGGGCUCUAUUUGGCGACAAAGAUCAUGUACGUGGGGAAUAUUCUCACGAAUCUCGUCCUCGUCAACAAAUUUCUCGAAACUGAUGACUAUUCUGUUUACGGAUUGGGCGUUCUGAGAGAUCUUCUUUUCGGUCGAAGUUGGAUGGAAUCCGGCAAUUUUCCACGUGUCACUUUGUGCGAUUUCGAGGUUCGGGUACUCGGCAACAAUCAACGACAUUCCGUGCAGUGUGUUCUUGUGAUCAACAUUUUCAACGAGAAGAUCUUCAUCUUGAUCUGGCUUUGGUUUUCCCUUCUUUUCGUGGCCUCAACUCUUGACAUGUUGUACUGGUUCAGCAUUUCACUGUUUCAUCGGGAUCGAUUUCGUUUCGUUCUUCGGCAUCUCGAGCUGACGUCGGAUCCCGAUAAGCCGGAGUUGUUUCGAAAAGAGAAACGAAAACAAGUCGAGCAUUUCCUUCGCACAUAUCUAAAGGUCGACGGGGUGCUAGUGUUGAGGAUGAUCGCCCUGCACGCCGGGGUGAUGUUCUGCACGGAGAUCACGGACGCUUUGUGGAAGAGAUACCUCUCCCAACACCCAGAAAAUCUCAUCGACGAAGACUCGAGUCUGAUCAGUUUCGCUAGAGCUCAAUCGAUUCGCCGGAAACGACAUGAGAGCCCCGGCGGUGGGGGACCCGAUCCGAAUACGCACGCGCGUUUAGGAAGGAUACUCAGUCAUCGAACUGGUGGUAGCUUUCGCCUCAAUCGAACACAAAGCACGAACCGAUCGCUCAACACAGACUCCACCGGGGCGCCGAGUGUUCCCGGUGCACAAUCGGCUGCCAAGUCCAUCACUCGGCCGGCCAGUGCACUUGGUCGUGUGAAGCCUAGGCGAACCGUCGUCACGAUAAGCAGUCCGAAUGCUGAGGAUCCGGCUACAUCAGGACUCGACAGUGCGCUUGACGAGAACUCGAAGAAAGAGAACGUGGCUCUAAUCGUC